AUGUUGAUUCUCCUCUAUUGCCUCACCAACUUUAACUUCCCUAGGGAUAAAUUCGCUAUCAAUCUCGAAGUUUUCCCACCUGGGUGGUUCGAACAGCAGGUCAGCGUCGUCGCUAACCCUGUACAGACUGCCGUCAUCCACAAGAGUCUGAAGUCGCUGCGGAUCACUUCAGUGUACGAAUUCUUCGCGCGCAUGGGCAUCCACGUUACGCUGUUUAUGCGUCUUCGUCAGCUCGUGAUACUGCUACAAGAGCCAAAGUGGCAAAGGAUCCGCGUCUACCCAACGUGUCAUCGCGCAGCAGCGUUUUUCUUCGUAGUAUUUGCCGGCUUGUUGUGCUUGUUCGUCGAAGAGAGUAUGCGAACGUCGACUCUGGCGUGUAAUCCGCACCCGGAGUGUGCCGUGAACGCUCAUCGAUGGACUCUCGUGGAGAAUAGAGAAGUAAUCUACUGCCCGUGCCUGAUGAUGAUCGACCGAGAUAUCGCCCCUAGGACGUACGCGGAGUGGGAAAUGCCCAAGAACCUGACAGAAAAAGUAGCGCAGUUAGCCUCAACUGGGGAUCUGCAGACACUGCACCUCACGAACCGAUACUUACCUGUUCUCCCUGAGGAACUUCGACGCUGCAAAGGGAUGAGCCAUCUGUACGUUGAAUUGUGGGGAUCAUCCAGGUUGGAAGUUGUAAAUGUAUUGAUCCAAUGUAUAUGCUGCAGAACACUGGAAUAUACUCACACGCAAACGCUGCCCGGCUGGAUCAAGGAGUUCACGAAUCUCGAGUAUUUCCACCUCGAGAGCAAAUUCUCCAGUCCUGUAUUCUCACUGCCCGACGACAUGUUCGACGACAUGUCUCUAACGUUCAUUCACUUCGCCGUGUUUCUUCCACUGAAGCGACUUCCGUCCUUCAACGGACUUGUAAAUCUCAAAUCCCUAACGCUGGCCGUCUUCCUCUCCCUCGAGGAGCUCCCGCAUCUCGACAGCCUCCACCGCCUCGAGAAGCUUCUGGUCACUUGCAUCCCGUCCCUCAACGCACUCCCAGACCUCGCUCCAGUCAAGAAUGUCAAGUCGCUGAUACUGACGGAUCGAGGCACGUGGUGCUGCAAUGGGUUCCUGGGCGAGUGCAACCUGGACCACCCCAUGUGUCAAGACCACCCGCUCUGGGGGACUCCAGCCGCUACGUGCCUGGCUUCAAGUGAGCCGAGAGCUACCCCCGAAACCCUCGCGCUCAUCGCAAAGUAUCCAGAGAACGUCUGCACUGGGUUGCUGCGCCCUGGAUCACUGGAAGGCCCACCCACCCAGGCGUCUAUGGACCCGGCAAGGGCACAUUGUACCGACAUGGAGUCGAUGUGCUACAACGCUCGGUACAUGGGCAUCUCGUGUGAUACGAACCCGUUCCCGAUCAAGAUGCGGCGCCUGCAGAUCGCUCGGGGUGUCGGAGAUCCGUGCGACCCGGAGUACGAAGCUUGGCUGGGCUGCAAGUUACGUGAACGAUAG